UAGGGUUCUUGAGAGGUAGUAGCAAUGGAAGCGCAGGAGCGCGCGGCUGGCGCUGCCAGGAUGCUCGGCGGCAAUGGCGGUAAGAGGAUGAGUACAGGAACUAUAUUUUUCAAGACGAAGCUGUGCUCUAGAUUCCGGGCGGGGACUUGCCCCUACAUCACGAAUUGCAACUUCGCGCAUGGAAUGGAGGAGCUCCGGAAGCCGCCGCCCGGAUGGGAGGAGUUCGUCAAUCCUCCCGUGGUCGCGGACGGCGGCGGCAAUGCGGCGAAGCUCCGGCCGUGCAAGAGAUUUUUCGCGGAGGGAGUUUGUCCUUACGGUGAGAGGUGCAUCUUUAGCCACGAGGAUCCGGCUGUGAAACCCGCCGCUACCACUGCGAUCAGCAACGCGAGCACUGCGAAGCCGCUGAACUGGAAAACGCGGCUUUGCAACAAGUGGGAGACGACGGGAUCGUGUCCGUUUGGAGACAAGUGCCAUUUCGCUCAUGGAAUCGCUGAACUCCAGAAGUAUGGUGGUGGAGGAGAGUCUCUUCCAGCGCAAAUGGACUCCAAGGCCCAGUCUUCCUCAUACUCGGACACCUCGGAAGCCAAUCCUUCGCUGACGAGCAAUCUUUUCCAGCAGCAGCUGCAACACCACCAUCAAACACAGCAAAAUCAAAGCCAGAGCCAGCAGCAGCAAAGCCGGAUCCAGCAGCAAAAGCCUCCGCUAGUCGCAACUCAAGCACCACCGAGCUCGAAAGUCUGGAGGGGUCCUAGCGGCGACGCCAUCUCCACGGUUUAUGGAGACUGGCUCGAAGAGGAGGACGAAGAACAAGAACAAGAAGAGCAAGAGGACGAGGGCAAUCAUCCCAUGGAACUAUUCUACGAAGAGCUCCAAAGUUUCCACUAAGGCCGAAUCUCAGGGAAUAUCCUCACCUUGUACGGCAGCGCGAUGUACGUAAACGGCGUCGUUAUCACCGCCGUUACCCUGGUGUGUUGUGGAGGAGCUUAAAGGUCGCCGCCGCUUCUAGCGCCAUUUGUUCUUUGUU